CCCUUCUUGACGGCUGGUUCCCGUGGCUGUUUGUGGAACCGCUUGGACGAUGCGAUGACGUCUCCCAAGGUUACAUACGGCUGCUUAGCGCAAUGCGCACCAGCCUCGCCAUGUACUCUCGAAUCUACAACCAGGCCCGCGAGCUACAGCCCAAGACGUUCGCCCCGCGCACCGAGGGAACUCGCAUCGUUUACGGCCUGCAGAUAAUCGGCGUCAUUUGGCACGUAUUUGCUAUGGCUGAAGAUGAAGGCAAAUUUGUGAGUGUUGGAAUGUCUGGAUGCAGAGCUCUGACUCCUGCCUGUGGCGACCAUCUGGAGCGGCAGAGUUGAGGAGCCACGACACAUGACACAGGCGACGGCCAUUAUCCGUCAGAUUGGAGCCGAGGCCAAGCCUCGCCUCCGCGCCGUGCGCAACUGGUUGACCUGCGUCCUCACCGAGCCCAGAGAUCCCAGACCAGCAGUUGCGCUUGGACCAGGUAUCGCUCACCUCAACCUUUCCCCUGGUAUCCCCAUCCCCGACCUUACUGAUCAGCUCGAUACGCCAGAGUCGGCUACGCCUCCUUGCCUGGACCCCCACCCCAACACUCCCCUGCAGACUCGCUAUCAGUCCCCCGAGCCGUCAUGGAAGCCAUGGGUUGAGCCGUUCCGGCCCUCCGUUCCGGUCGAUCGAGCUUCCUCUGGCCGCACUGCAUGCAACCCCGUCAAGUCUAAUGAAAAUAUCCUCGCCCCGACGCCCCGCCAACCUCCCGUUGUGAUGGAGGCGUGGCGCACGUCCCUUCCGUUCGAGCACUGGCGCCCUACGCCCUCGCCGUUCGACUACACUACGGCUUAUCAGCAUUCGUGGCCUCUGCCUUCCGAGAGUACGGCGAAUCAGAGAAUGUCAGGCUUGGGCAUAACUCAUCCGUCGUUGUGGCCGUCGUCUCGCCACAACCCGACCUCUUCCAUCGCUGCGUUGAAGCGCCUGACAUUGGAUCUCGCGCCUCACGCGGGUGCAUCGCUCACCCACUCCGCUACACAAGUUCAGUCACAGGACGCAUGUCGCAACCCCUCACCCCGCCGCAACGACCGUGUCCGUUCCCCUUUGUCCAUGUACAUGGCCUACUGAGCCACUAGAAACGUCUUUGAGGAACAGUCGCGAGACGGACAGUGCAUGUGUAUCGUGAACACUUGGCGCUUGUAGAUGACCACAGUUCCAUGCAUAAGGUGUUUGUAUCACGCGCGACGAGAAUCAGUGGGUCAGUUGGUAUCAGUAGCACGCGUCAGUCCCUUGUCGACUGCAACAACCACGCCACGUCGCAGGCAAUGGUGUUGGGUUUGAUAAAGUGCGUCCGGGUAACACGCCGUGCUCACUUUGGUUUCGAAAAGAACAUGCUGCCGUCAGGAUCUGCAACGAAUUACCAGGCAAAGACGUUUCCGCUGCCGUACGCUGUGGGCUCGAUGCCCCGAUCGCGCGUGGGCCACGUUUGCGGUGUGCAGGCGAGCAUAUACACCGGACUC